AUGUUGGCCGCGGGUGUCCCCUGUGUCCCUGGUUACCACGGCUCGAAUCAAGACCCCAAGUUCCUCGAAGCCGAAGCCGACAAGAUCAAAUACCCCGUCCUCAUCAAGGCCAUCAAGGGCGGCGGCGGCAAGGGAAUGCGAAUUGCCAGCUCCAAGGCCGAAUUCCAAGCACAACUCGAGUCGGCCAAGUCUGAGGCUCGGAACUCGUUUGGCGACGAUCAUGUUCUGGUGGAGAAAUACAUCACAACCCCCCGUCACAUUGAGGUUCAGGUCUUUGCGGAUAAGCACGGCAACUCGGUUGCGUUGGGUGAACGAGACUGCAGUAUUCAGAGGAGACACCAGAAGAUUCUGGAGGAAUCUCCGGCACCCCAUCUACCAGAUGCGACUCGCAAGGAUCUUUGGGCCAAGGCACGAUCGGCCGCUCUCGCUGUGGGCUACGAAGGUGCUGGUACUGUGGAAUUCAUUUUCGACAAUGACACCGGCGAGUUCUACUUUAUGGAGAUGAAUACCCGUCUCCAGGUGGAACAUCCCGUCACUGAAAUGGUUACUGGCCAGGACUUGGUCCACUGGCAGAUUAUGGUAGCGGAAGGUGCACCGCUCCCUCUGACCCAGGAAGAAGUGGAAGAGCACAUUGCCCGGAGUGGUCACGGCAUUGAAGCCCGAAUCUAUGCCGAGAAUCCCGAGAUGGGAUUUAUCCCAGACUCGGGCCGUCUUAUUCACGUUCGAACACCUACUACAAGCGAAGAUAUCCGGAUUGAUGCCGGUUUUGUCGAAGGCGAUGAUGUCUCGGCGCACUAUGACCCGAUGAUCUCCAAGCUGAUUGUCCGGGGCGAAACCCGCGAAGAAGCUAUCCGGAGACUCGGUGCUGCCCUGGAGCAGUAUGAGGUUGCUGGACCCGUCACCAACAUUGAAUUUCUCAAGACCAUCUGCCGAAGUCCUGAUUUUAUUGCCGGUGAGGUGGAAACUGGGUAUAUCGAGAAGCAUCGUGAAGAGCUCUUCCCCGAAAAGAAGAUUGACGAGGAGGUUCUUGCUCAAGUUGCGCUGGCGUGUCUGCACCGCGACUCUCAGGCCGCAUCCCAGGCAUCCGGUGGCCUUGCCGGGAGUGCGAUCGGAUUCGCUCCAAGCUACCAGCAGCGACAGCUAUCUUUCACCGAAUCCAAGGGCCCUCAGAGUGAAGUGCGGAAUUUCGACGUCCGCGUGCAGCAGACAGCGGACCGCACAUUUAACAUCGAAGUAGGCGGCAGAGUAUUCGAACAAGUUGAGAGCCGCAUGGACCCAGUCUCGCACAUCGUGACAUCCUUUUUCCCCACACCCGCUUGGACACAACCGUCGUCCAAGACGAGGACACCGUUCGCAUUCCAACAAGGCAUGCAAUAUCGACUCACAGUGCCACGAGCUAAGUGGAUGGAGAAAGCACUGGGAAUGAAGGACGUCGCCAACAGUGUCCUUGCCCCGAUGCCGUGCAAGGUGCUGCGCGUGGAAGUGCAGGCGGGCGAUACGGUGGAGAAAGAUCAGCCAUUGGUGGUGAUUGAGAGUAUGAAGAUGGAGACGGUCAUUCGCAGUCCGCAGCAGGGGACGAUUGCGCGCGUCGUUCAUCAACAAGGAGUAAGCCAUGCCCCUUUUCUUUGUGUUCUAGACUCGCCUCAGGCCAGAGGAGUCUGA